AACGUCAUGACGAUCGGAGAGAACACCCCAAAAGAAACCAAACCACCUUUGGACACCAGAAUCGGCAAAGAUUCGCCCUUCACAUUCGGACAGCGUUUCCUCGAGAACGAGGAGGAGGUUUUUAACCACAACGCCUGGGACCAUGUGGAAUGGGGUCCUGAACAGAUUGAACAGUGUCAGAAGCUCAUAGAAGUACAAUAUGAAAACCCCGUCAAAGACUUCGACAAGAAGCUCUACAACUCAAACCCCGCCAAGUACUGGGAUAUAUUCUACAAGCAUAACCGUGAAAACUUCUUCAAGGACCGUAAAUGGCUUCAAAUUGAAUUCCCUUCAUUAUUCAAGUUUACCAGUGAAGACUAUCAGGAAAAGACUUCGAUAUUGGAGAUCGGGUGUGGUGCUGGAAACACGUUUUUCCCCAUAUUGGAGCAGAACAAGAACCCAAAUUUGAAGAUCUUUGGGUGUGAUUACUCGAAAGUUGCAGUCGAUCUCGUACGGUCCAACUCAGCGUUUAAGGAAAACAGCGAAUUGGGAAUAGCUUAUUCUUCUGUGUGGGAUGUGGCCAAUGUUCAGGGGGAGAUUCCCGAAGACCUCGAGCAGAACUCGUGUGAUGUGAUUAUCAUGGUGUUCAUUUUUUCAGCUUUACAUCCUGAUCAGUGGGAACAAGCCAUUUCGAAUUUGAAGAAGUGUUUGAAGCCGGGUGGACAGAUUUUAUUCCGAGAUUAUGGUAGGUAUGACUUGGCCCAAGUACGGUUCAAGAAAAACAGGUUGUUGCAAGACAAUUUCUAUAUCAGAGGAGAUGGCACCAGGGUGUAUUUCUUCACUGAAGAAGAAUUAAGAGAAAUCUUCACGGUAACCGGCCCGUUCAAAGAGCUUCAAAUAGCCACUGAUAGACGGUUAUUGGUCAAUCGGAAGAAGCAGCUCAAAAUGUAUAGAAACUGGUUGCAGGCAGUGUUUACGAUAGACAGUUGAUCAUUAAUUUCGUUACACCAUUACUAUAUACAAAAAGUUGUCCAGGUGUCUGAACACCCGCCAAAGCUCCGCUAUUUCAAGCAGACGGAUAUUGUUCACUUGAAUUCCAUGAAUAUACGCAUCAAAUCCCGGAAACUGGUCCAAGAUAUGACCAAACUCGUCAUUAAGCGCUAUUGGGAGCUGUAUGAUUGGAGUGCCUGGCAAGUAUAUCUUGAUGGGGAACUUAGAGACUCUUUUCGGGAGAAUCUUCUUGUUUAAGUUUUCAUACUCGUUUAAGUCGUGACUCACAAUAGACUGCCAGAGCCGGGUGGAGUUAUCUUUGCUCAAAUUCAUCACCAACUUGGAGUUACCGUUGGCCACAAAGCUGCUCUGUUUGAGCUGGUUGAAAAAAUUGUCACACAUGGUCUUUUCGUAAUCUAUUUCUCCCUUAUAAUCAAAUGGUAUUAGGUCACCUGGCCACUUGGAUCCAGACCUCACUGUUAGUUCGAGAAUGGGAAGCUGAUGGCGCCUGUCGAGGAUUUUGGGAAGGUGAUAGUAGUCGUAGAGCACUCCGACGGGCAAAUUCCACUUUAAAGGAAUACCGUUGUAUUCUAGCCAGAUGGGCUCUUGAACAGGGCCAAAGUUCCGGAAGUAUAGAACCAUAUCUUUGAAAUGUAUCGGGAGAUAUGAAACUCUGGGUACCGUCAAUAAGUAUUCCUUGGGCUCGGGAGACCCAUCGUCGAACUCGAUUCGAACAUUGAUUGAGCCGUUCCAGAGUUUAUGUCUUAUCUUAAGAACCUCAGUCAUU